AUGUCUGAGAUGACACAGCAAGCGCUGAUCACUGCCUUGAUCAACAAAGGUAAUGAUCUAAUCACGCUUGCUAAAGGGGCAUUUAUUUUUCGUGCAUCCGUUGCUUACGUUGUCCAACAAGUUCACCAAUUUUUAACAUCUAUCAAAGGAAUCUCAUCUACAACUUGGUCUGCAACACAAAUUCAGGCAUUAAGACAAGUACAAGAACUAUUCAACCACUUUGCAUCGCUUUUAUCCCAUUUGGCAAAUGAUAAAUGGAUUCAACCAGCUCUUAACUGGCCCGCAGACUACGUUCACAAGUAUAUCGAUGGCUUUAGACAAAGUUUACUUACACUAAUACCACAAUUUGGAUUGGCUACAUCAAUAAUUCAAUUUGAUGAGCAGCAAGAACAAGUUAACAAGCGCGCAGAUCUCAAGAAUCUCAAACAGUCAUUGCAAGAAAUCAUGGCUAAGAUCGAUACUUCUGAUGCUGUUGGCGUUCAACAACAAAUUGAAACAAAAUUAGCCGAAGUCAAACGCUUAUUACCACAAGAGUCUUCCACACGAAGGCGCAACAAUCAGCGACGUCCGUCAUGCAACGGCUUUCCUGUUGCGCAAAUGCAGAAGCGAGUUGAAGAGUUAUUAGGCCAAUUCAAAAACAUCAACAUUCCUCUUGAAGAUAUCCGCAUGGAUUCGCAAAUAGGUGCUGGCGGAUUUGGAACCGUCUUCAAAGCUACGAGAUUAUCAACAGGCGAAGUAGUUGCAGUAAAAGAAUUACGUAGAGACAGAUUAACGAUGUCAUCAUGGGCAUCAUUAUACGCAGAGGUCGAAACAAUGGCUUCUGUUCGUCACCAAUUUGUUUUGGAGCUUGUCGGAGCUCAUAUUACUCAACCUUAUCGAAUUAUUACGCGAUUUUGCCCAGGCAAGUCAUUAUUCGACAGAUUACAUCGAUUAGGACCAAACGGAGUCCCUCUUACAGCCAACGAACUUACCAAAAUCGCUUACCAAGUCGCAUUAGGCAUGUCUCACCUCCAUUCCAUGAAUAUUGUUCACAGGGACCUCAAGACAUUGAAUAUAUUAUUGGAUGAGUACAACGAUGGCUUCGUAGCCGAUUUCGGACUCUCAGGAAUUAUGAAAGAUAAUCAAGAGCUCGUUGGCGGCGUCGGAACCCCUCAUUACACUGCACCCGAAGUACUUAUGCAUUCCAGAUAUGGUCCAAAGGUCGAUACAUUCUCCUACGGCGUAGUUCUUUGGGAAAUGUUGAUGAGAAAAGUGCCAUACGCUGAAAUGUCGCAAGUACAAAUUUACGAGCAUGUUGUUACACGUGGCUGGAGACUUCCUAUUCCAAACGAUACUCCUGACGGUAUGAAGAAGCUCAUCACUCGUUGUUGGAACAAAAAUCCAAACGACAGACCGAAUUUCGAUGAAAUUAUCGAUCUUUUUGAAAACGGAGAAAUAUAUUUCCCAGGAACAGACAUCGCACAAAACGACACCGGGAAAUCACCGAAAUGCUCAAUCUCUUUCUCCGUUAUCAAGAAGACACAUCAUUGUCCACCUUUGGACUUCGAUUACGUCGAACAGAUUCUUAAAGAUCCUUCGAACGCCAUGUUCACUUCUGUUUCUUAUUUCAUUGCUAACAAAUACGAUGACAAAAUAAGGAAUUGGCUGAGAACAAUGAAGAUCGUUCCUAACUUGGUUGGAUGCCAAUCAAACCUUGAUUCAAUCCUUUUGUUAGCAAGUGUCGCGUUGGAUGAAAGCGAGUUCGAAAAAUUCCUUUCAAACGGAGGACUCGAAAUGUUCCAUGCAUGUGUCGAAACACCAAAGGGAACUUCGAUGUCCGCUGCUGUUAAAUUCGGUUUGAAAGUGCCUGUCAAUCAAUUGGUUAAACUACAACCAUAUCUCCCUAAAAUCGUUGGUUUCUUGAGUCCAAAUGGUGGCUCAACAAACGAACACAUUAUUCAGUUCCUUACUCGAUUUGAUUCAGAAGUUUUGAGUGACUUUUGGAGUAAAAUCGGGCCAGCAUUAAUCCAAAUCAGUGCUGAUGUUGAAGACCAAGAAGCCUUCAAUGCAAUUGCUGUUUUGUUGAAGCCAUGUUGCCAAACAAUGAAUCCAACACAAAUGAGAUGUUUCUAUCAUUUGUUGUGCGAAAAAUUCAUUGUUCCUCCCGCUUUUGUUCAAACAUUAAUUCAAGCAAAUGAUGGGCAAUUCAGGUCUGAUUUGAUAUUCUGUAUUUUAAAGGCCACGGAAUUAUCAAACAUCUCCAAUAUUUUGAUAAAAUUCUUGCAGGAUUGUCUUAAAAAUGAUCCUGAUGUUUUCAAGAAACUUAUCAAGAUUCCUGAUUUGUUUUCAACAUUGGAAGACUUGAUACAAAAAGAACAUGACAGAGGAGCUUUAUUUGUUUUGUUCUGUAUCUGCAAUAUCGAUGAAGUUCGCGAGAAACUCGCUGAUUCUUCAUUGAUAAAUACAAUUUUGCAGAUGAAAGAACAUGUUGUACAAAGACUCCAAAUAUUUACAAUAUUAUGUCUAUCAGAGAAAUAUUGUAAAAAGACAAAACACAUGGAUGGAAUCAUCCAGUUAUUAGUUACAGCGCUUUCAGAUAAAAACCACGUAAAUGCCGCUGUAAGAUUAAUUGGUGCUUUGUCUUCUCAUCCAGCAGGAGUUCCUGUUUUAACAGAUAAUGGUGUUUUGGAAUUAUUCGCGCAGUUGUUUUUGUCUUCCGCUUCAGGAGACACAACAACAAACCACACAAUCAUGAGAAAUGUGGCUGAAAACGGAGGUGAAAUUCCUCAAGUUUCUUUGAUUGUGUCUUGUUUGAUGCAGGAUUUCGUUAAUGAUGUAGUUCAUCGAUGCGAAAUCAUGGAAACUGCUGUUAGUUUGGUCCACACUGUUCCUAAUUGCGUUCAAGAACACGAUUUACUAAAAAUUGUGUUGCCACAAGUCGCAAUUUCUGAUCAGCCGAGAUUAGUUUAUUUAUCUCUUAAACUUCUCUCUGUAAGUGACACAACAAAACUCAAAUCAUUUUACCAGCAGAUAUUAAGAGCAAUUUGCAUCGUGUUGGAAACUCCGAAGUUGAUGUAUCCUGAAAUAAUUGAGGUGGCUUUGCAAACUGUAAGAGCAAUUGGCGAACAAUUCAACUUGGCUGAGUUUAUUGAAAAGGCAAAGCUUGUUGAUUUCGUCAACCACGUUGUUUCAUUGAUGCCUGAGAACGAUGUCACAGGAAACAGAUUAAUUAUACUGGCAAGAAACUUGGGUCAACCUGAAAAUAGUAUAUUAUCAUAA